AUGCGCGUCAUUCUUCUGUGUCUUCUGGCGCUCGUCGCCGUCGCUUUCGCCGAGGAGGAGCAGAAGUUGAGUUGGAAGGACGAGGACGGUCUCGAAGUCAAGAUCAUCCGGCCGAUCAAGGCGGAGAAGUGCAAGCUGAAGUCGCAGGACGGAGAUGUUCUUGAUCAGUGGUACAAGCUGUCGGACAAGGACGGAAAGGAGAUCGGAUCCAACUUCAACAAGAAGCCGUGAGUUUGAAGGGGAAGGGAGCUGGAAAUGAGCUCAUUUGCCAUUUGCAGAUACACUUUCACCCUCGGAAAGGCGCAAGUGAUCCCCGGAAUGGAGCGCGCGAUGACCGGAAUGUGCGUGGGCGAGAAGAGAAAGGUGGUGAUCCCGGGCAGUCUGGGCUUCGGAAGUGCGGGCCGCGAGAGGGACAGCAUCAAGGAGGAUCAGACACUGUACUACACCGUCCAACUCGUCGAUCUGUUCCGCGCCGUUCCAGGAGAGAAGUGGACGACCGACGAGGGAAUUGUCAUCGAACAGACGCACAAAAUCGAGGCGGACAAGUGCAGAAAGUCGAAAAGCGGCGACACGAUCCACCAGCAGUACGUGCUGCACCUCGAGGACGGCACCUUCGUCGACUCGUCCUUCUCCCGCAACGCGCCGUUCAUCUUCCGUCUCAACAAUAACGUUCGUUUCUCUUCAUUCUCUUCCCCCAUUUCCACGUGCCAUUUUCAGGAGGUGAUCAAGGGAAUGGACAUCGCAAUGACCGGAAUGUGCGAGGGAGAACGGCGUCAAGUGGUGAUCCCGUCGGACUUCGGAUACGGAGACAACGGAAGAUCGCCGUCCAUCCCCGGAAAGGCUCGCCUCUACUUCGACAUCACCCUCGAGAAGCUCAUCUCUCGCGAUGACGAGCUCUAA